AUGGCGACUGGUGCUUUGGAUCAUAAACAUACAACCAGUAUCAGUCAGUUAAAUCGUACUCUUAUUCGAACAUUUGAUGAAGCUCAAAGUACUGGUGAAUUAAAUUUAAAUGGACGAAAAUUAAGAGAAUUUCCACGUAUUGGCGAUAAGUGGGAUUUAGGCGAUAUUGUUACUGCCGAUCUAUCAAAGAAUCGUUUUCCCGAAUUUCCACGUGACUUAUGCACAUUUUUUUCACUUGAAAGACUUACAUUAUAUAACAAUGUAAUUAAAUCUAUACCCGAACAAGUUGUGAAAAUAUGUGUUUUAAAAACUCUUGAUCUUAGUCGAAAUCAGUUAUCUUAUUUGCCUCCUCCACUAUGCAAAUUGCUCAAUCUUGAAGUUCUUAUUGUUAAUAACAAUAAAUUAGUAUCAUUGCCAGAAGAAAUAGGGCAGCUUGAACGAUUAAUAGAAUUGGAUGUAAGUUGCAACGAUAUCACUCAUUUACCAUUUCAAAUUGGUUUAUUACCAUGUUUGAGAACAUUAAACAUCAGAAAGAAUAUGAUUGUCGAAUUACCAUCAGACCUAUGUUCUCUAAAAUUGAUCCAGUUCGAUUGUGCUUACAAUCGUAUUGUUCGUCUACCCCUAGAAUUAAGGGAAAUGGUAACGUUAAUUGAAUUAAAUGUCGAACAUAAUCCAUUGGAAGUUCCACCAGCUGUGGUUUGUACAAAUGGUUUACUCCAUAUAAUGAGGUAUUUAGUGUUUGAAUCAGUAAAAGAAGAAAAACGUCGUGGUUUAUUAACAGAAUAUGAAAUAAAUGCUAAGUAUAGAAAUUCAUUUUCUUACCAAGGCUCAAGAUAUUUGCAAUGUGGAAAGCGUUGGAGAAAAACUGUUGUAUCAUCGGAUUCUGGUUAUUUAACAACGGAAGGCAGUGAAAAAACAAUGGGUGAUGAUGAUUCAUACUUGAACAUGCAAGCAGAUCAGAUAGCAAGAAACGAACCGACAUUAGCGUUAAGUUUAGCUGAUGAGUUUUCAAAGGAACUGGCAAGACAAAAGGCCGAUUAUGAACGAAAAAAAUGUCAGGCACAGCAGUUAAAACAACAUUUGCUUCAACAAUUAGGAGAAACAGAAGUACAGAGAGAAAAGGCCCGAAAGGUUGCUCGACGAGCUCAUGAAGAAAAAUUGGCUCUAAUGGAAAAGCAGCGUGAAGAUGCGAGAAGAAAAAUGGAAAGCCGAAAUGUUCAGUUGAUUAAUUUAUCAUCAAAAGAGGAUCCAUAUGAGAAACAAAGAUAUUGGCCCGCCACGACAAGACAAAAUUGUUCAACGGCGAAUCUUGGAAGACAAAUGUCUAGUAUCUGUACUACAACAGGAACGCAGUCUCCAACAUCAUCAUCGAUGCCAACAACAUAUCUACGAUCAAUAUCAAUCGACAAUGCAACUGUUGGAGAACUUCUAAUGAGAUCAGAUCGUGCUGUUAGUAUUGAAUCGAAUUUAAUCCCUGAUGUAGACAAUGUAACAGUCAGUAUCAAUCACACGAAUAUAACUGGAAAUGGAAGUAAUCCCAAAUUAUCAUCAUCACUGAAUGACACAAUUGAUAAACAGUUUAUCUCUUGUUCCGAUACAAUCGAUCUAUCAUCUCGGCUCGAAACACUCUCUCGGUCAUCUGGAUUAUCAUCAACGAAUCUCAACGGUAUAAAAAUUGAGCAAUCUGCCACUAGUCAACAAAAUAUGAAUGGUUACCGUCCAAAAUUACAAUUGCAACGUUCGGAUUUGCUUGAUAUCUCACCGCAACAAUUCGAUUCACAUUUCCAAGAAGCCAAAAUUGCUAAAUUGAGAUAUUUCGAAGAGCGUCAGGCAAUACCGAACAAUCAAACUUUUACCAGUGAAAUUCCCGGAUUCCAUAUGCAACCGAGAACACUCACGAACACAGCACUUCAGAACAAAAGAAACAAUAAUAACGGAAAUAAUUCUCAAACAUCGUCCCUUGAUUAUCCUGGUUCGAAUCCAGCAUUCACAAUACGUCGCCAUUUACUCCAAGCAAAAGAAGAAAACUUAGCAUUGGAACAAUUGCGAAAAAUGAUUGAAACUCGACUUAAAGUCGCUUUACCAGAAGAUGUUGGUCGUGCAUUAAGCGAUGGUGUUGUUCUUUGUCAUUUCGUCAAUCAGAUUCGACCGCGUGCAGUACAAAGUAUCCACAUACACGUGCCAUCUCAAGCAGUCCCAAAAUUAUCAUUAGCAAAAAGUCGACGUAAUGUUGAAAAUUUUAUUGAUGCAAGUCGUCGAAUUGGAGUUCCAGAUGUUGAACUUUGUACAGCCCAAGAUAUAAUUGAAAACAAAAAUACUAUUCGUCUGGCACGUGUUGUACAACUUCUUGCUUAUCCUGAUCAAGUUUUUGAUACUAUUGAAAGUACAGCAGAACAACAAACAAAUAUGCCGCCGAAGAAAAGUAAAGUUGUCGUGUCAAAAACAGCGAGUAAAAAAAAUUCAAAAAAAUCGAUCGCUGUCAACAGAGACAGUAGUGAUGAUGAACAAGAACAGCAAACGGUAUCGGUUGUGAAAAACGGUGGAAAAAUAAAAAAAUCUGUGACAGCUGUUCUUGAUAAAACUGAAGAUCAACAAAAUGACGAAGAUGAUGUUGAGGUAGUGCCAAAGAAAGGAACAAAGCGGGCAGCAUCAAAAAGUCCCAAAAAGCCUGUUAAAAAAACAGCAACAACAUCAACUCAGGGUUCACAAAAUACAGCUGCCGAUGGUGAUGAUGAAGAAGUUAGUGACACACAACAACUUAACGCAACUCCAAGAACAAUGAUACUAAAAACAUCUGAUCGACUAUCGGCGAAAAAUGAAAAACCAACUCUCAAGUUUGUUUCAUGGAAUGUUAAUGGUAUACGAGCGUGGCUAAAAAACAACGGUCUGGCUUACAUUCAACAAGAAGCGCCUGAUAUCAUGUGUUUUCAAGAAAUGAAAUGUGACAAAUUACAAGUGCCCAAUGAUUGUACACCGCCUGGAUAUAAAUCAUAUUGGUCAUCUGGAGAUACGGCUGGAUAUAGUGGUGUGGGUUUAUUAACAAAGAAAGAUGUAAUUAAAGUGACGUUUGGUAUUGAUAUUGAAGAACAUGAUAAAGAAGGACGAGUAAUUACUGCUGAAUAUGACAAAUUUUAUUUUGUUGCAUCGUACAUACCUAACAGUGGUCGAAAAUUGGUUCGUUUACCAUAUCGUCAGGAGUGGGAUGCAGCAUUUCACUUGUAUUUGAAAAAAUUGGACAAAAUAAAACCAGUUAUAUGGUGUGGAGAUUUAAAUGUUGCACAUCAAUCAAUUGAUUUGUGUAAUCCUAAAACAAAUACAAAAACAUCUGGUUUUACAAAAGAGGAGCGAGAGAAUUUUUCAAAAAUUUUGAAUGAUGGUUUUAUUGAUUCAUAUCGGUAUAUUUAUCCCGAUACAGUAGCCGCUUAUACCUUCUGGUCUUAUUUUCGUCAAGCACGUGAAAAAAAUAUUGGUUGGCGUCUUGACUAUUUUGUAAUUAGCGAUCGUCUUAAAGAACAUGUGUGUGAUGUUCUAAUACAAAAUGAAGUAUAUGGUAGUGAUCAUUGUCCAAUUGUUUUACUUUUGGCAAUAUAA